AAUGUUUUUCAUGCAGUUGAGUUGUAGUAUGUUGAAGAGCCACUCUUUAAGGAUUCGGUAUAAAAUCUGCUAUAUUCUGCUGAUAUCGACUGGUUUCUCUAGCGUAGACGCUUAUGAGUAACGAAAGGGGAGCAUGCCGGUUUAGGAAGCAGAGUACAUACCGGUAUUGUGUAAAUGUUCGAUAACAGAAUGUUUUCAGGACGGCAUUUUUGAAACAAGAAGAAAGUAAAUAAGUGAGAAUGUUUUCCAUAUGUAAGUUAACUCAUCCUGCCACAGCUGUGGAACAUGCAUUGACAUGUCAUUUUUUUAAUAAGACUGAGAAAUCUCUUGUGGUCGCUGGUGCCAAUAUUAUCCGUGUGUUUCGGCUAAUUCCUGAUGUUGACCCUAAUUCAAAGGAAAAAUUUACAGAAAACAGACCACCAAAAAUGAAACUGGAAUGUUUAGCCACAUACACAUUGUUUGGGAAUGUCAUGUCAAUGCAGGCUGUUAGCCUUGCUGGCUCCUCGAGAGAUUCUUUACUUCUUAGCUUUCGUGAUGCAAAGCUAAGUGUUGUUGAAUAUGAUCCAGAGAUCCAUGACUUGCGGACACUGUCUCUACACUAUUUUGAAGAAGAGGAGAUGAGGGGUGGCUGGACUCAUCAUUACCAUAUUCCAAUGGUCCGUGUCGAUCCAGAGGGUAGGUGUGCAGCUAUGCUGGUGUAUGGACGCAAACUGGUGGUUCUGCCUUUCAGGCGAGAAACAGCUCUGGAUGAUCCAGAUUUGGUGUUGCUUGGGGAGGCCUCAAAACCCAUAAUAGGUUCAGCUGUAAACUCUCAGAAUGCAAAUGCAAGUUCUAAACUUCCUGUUUUGGCAUCAUACAUGAUUGUUUUGAAAGAACUUGAUGAAAAAAUGGAUAAUGUCAUUGAUGUGCAGUUUCUUCAUGGUUACUAUGAGCCGACUCUACUGAUUUUGUAUGAACCAGUGAAAACAUUUCCAGGUCGAAUUGCUGUGAGGCAGGACACAGUAUCUAUGGUGGCAAUAUCUUUAAAUAUUCAACAGAAAGUUCACCCAAUAAUUUGGUCAGUAUCGAACUUACCAUUUGACUGUGUCCAGGCCAUUCCUGUACGGAAACCUCUGGGAGGUACACUCAUUAUGUCUAUCAAUGCUCUUAUAUAUCUCAAUCAAAGUGUACCUCCAUAUGGAGUAUCCUUGAACAGUAUUACGGACGUCAGCACAAAUUUUCCUUUGAAGGUACAAGAGGGUGUGAAGAUAACUUUAGAAGGAGCGCAAGCUUCUUUUAUCUCUCAUGACCGGUUGGUUAUCUCUCUGAAAGGAGGAGAACUUUAUGUUCUCACCUUAUAUGCUGACAGUAUGAGAAGUGUUCGAAGUUUCCAUUUUGAUAAGGCAGCAGCUAGUGUACUGACAACUUGCACAUGUGUUUGUGAAGAUAAUUACUUAUUCCUGGGCUCUCGCUUGGGAAAUUCAUUGUUACUCAGAUUUACAGAAAAGGAGCAAUCAACAGUCUUUACACUUGAAGAAAAGACAUUUGCUCCCAAACAAGAAGCAGCUAAGCCAGAUCAAGCUGCUAAAAAGAGAAGGCUUGAUACCUUAGGUGACUGGAUGGCAUCGGAUGUGGCGGAUAUUAGAGACUUGGAUGAGCUGGAAGUAUAUGGCAGUGAAACACAGACUUCAGUUCAUAUUGCUUCCUAUGCAUUUGAGGUCUGUGAUAGCCUCCUUAAUAUAGGUCCAUGUGGAAACAUAUCGAUGGGUGAACCAGCUUUUCUUUCUGAGGAAUUUUCAAGUAUAGAAGACCCUGAUAUAGAACUAUUUACCACUUCUGGGUAUGGUAAAAAUGGAGCCUUGUGUGUUCUUCAGCGAUCCAUAAGACCUCAGGUUGUUACAACUUUUGAGCUUCCUGGGUGCAUUGACAUGUGGACAGUAAUUGGAAAUAAAGAUGUUCCAGAUGAUUCAUUAAAAGGAGAAAAUGAACACACACAUGCUUUCAUGAUUUUGAGCCAGCAAGAUUCCACAAUGAUUUUGCAGACUGGUGUGGAAAUUAAUGAAGUAGACAACUCUGGUUUCAGUACACAAGGACCAACUGUUUAUGCUGGAAAUCUUGGUUAUAAUAGAUUCAUUAUACAGGUUUCACAGAUGGGUGUCCGGCUGCUUCAGGGUUUAGAUCAGAUUCAGCACAUUCCAUUGGAUUUAGGCUCUCCUAUAGUACAUGCUUCUUCUGCUGAUCCUCAUGUGGUAAUUUUGAGUGAAGAUGGUCAAGUGAUAUUGCUCACGUUACGUGAAUCACGGAAUCAAGGAAGGCUUAGUGUUACAAGACCUUCUGUCUCAAUGAAACCAUACAUCAUAACUCUGUGUGCAUAUCGUGAUGUUAGUGGUUUAUUUUCUACAUACAUUGCUGAGGAAGAACCUGAGAUAAAAACUGAGAAAGAAAAAAUUGAAGAUGCUGUAAAAAAGGAAGUGGAUGAUGAAGAUGAAAUGCUGUAUGGUGAGAGUGAUACACCAUUAUUUGACAAAAGUACUACUCAAGAAAAACAAAACCAUUUGGGAGGUACAGCUGGUGAGAAGGAUACUCCGUGGUGGAAAAAAUAUCUUCAAGAAGUUAAACCUUCAUAUUGGGUUUUCCUUGCGAGAGAAAAUGGAAACCUGGAGAUAUACACAUUGCCUGACUUCCGGUUAAGCUACGUUGUACGUAAUUUUGGACAAGGCCUUCGGGUGCUGUCGGACAGCCUCGGAGCAGUGCCAACUCCGGUCACAGGUGGUGGUUCAGCUGGAACUGCAACAGAGAAUGCAUCACCAAGUGGUACAUCCACACCAGGAGCAGAUGCCAUAGUUAGAGAAAUCUUGGUAGUGGCACUAGGUCAUCAUGGCAGCCGUCCACUCCUGCUUGUCAGGCUUGAUGAUGAACUACUGUUGUAUGAAGCUUACCGUUAUCCCCGUGGCUAUUUGAAGAUGCGUUUCCGACGGAUGCCACACAAUGUUCUAGUGCACGAGAGACGGUCUAGAACAAAGAAGAAAACUGCAGAUGGUGAUACCUAUUUAGAAAGUAGAGUAUGCCAGUUGAGAUACUUCAGCAACAUUGCUGGUUAUAAUGGGGUGUUUGUAUGUGGUCCAUACCCCCAUUGGCUGUUUCUCACAUCGAGAGGAGAACUUCGAACACAUCCAAUGAGUAUUGAUGGAGCUGUCACUUGCUUUGCACCAUUUCAUAACAUUAAUUGUCCACAAGGAUUCCUCUAUUUCAAUAGAAAGGCUGAACUCCGUAUCUGUGUAUUGCCUACUCAUCUGUCAUAUGAUGCACCAUGGCCUGUUAGGAAAGUUCCAUUACGGUGCACUCCUCACUUUGCUACAUACCACCUGGAAAGCAAGACGUACUGUGUUGUUACAAGUUUAGCUGAGCCUACAAAUAAAUAUUAUAAGUUCAAUGGGGAGGACAAGGAACUUACAAUUGAGGAGCGGAAUGAGAGGUUUCCUUUGCCACUGCAAGAAAGGUUCAGCAUUCUCCUCUUCUCUCCUGUUUCCUGGGAGGUCAUCCCUAACACAAAAAUGGAGCUUGAUGAGUGGGAACACGUGACUUGCCUGAAAAAUGUUAGUCUGGCAUAUGAGGGGACAAGAAGUGGAUUAAAAGGCUACAUAGCUGUUGGAACAAAUUACAAUUAUGGUGAAGAUAUAACAAGUAGAGGACGGAUUCUAAUAUUUGAUAUUAUUGAAGUUGUACCAGAACCAGGACAACCCCUUACCAAGAAUCGAUUCAAAAUGGUGUAUUCCAAAGAGCAGAAAGGACCUGUCACUGCUAUAACACAUGUUGUUGGUUUCUUGGUGUCAGCAGUAGGUCAGAAGAUUUAUAUAUGGCAGCUAAAGGAUAAUGAUCUAGUUGGGGUGGCCUUUAUUGACACUAAUAUUUACAUCCACCAACUCCUAAGUAUAAAAAGCUUGAUAUUAGUUGCUGAUGUAUACAAGUCCAUUAGCUUACUUCGCUUCCAGGAAGAGUACAGGACACUUUCUCUCGUUAGCAGGGACUUCAGACCAGCUGAAGUUUACACCUGUGAGUUCCUACUGGACAAUACACAAAUGGGAUUUUUGGUAGCUGAUGGUGACAGAAAUGUUGUCUUGUACAUGUAUCAACCAGAAUCCAGGGAAAGCUUUGGAGGUCAACGGCUCCUUCGCAAGGCUGACUUCCAUUUAGGACAACAUAUAAACACAUUUUUUAGAAUUAGAUGCAAGGUGAAUGAUCUCACAAGAGAUAAAAUUCAUCUGAGUGGAGCAGAAAGAAGACACAUAACAAUGUUUGCAACUUUGGAUGGUGGCUUAGGGUAUGUGCUCCCUGUACCUGAAAAGUCUUACAGGCGUCUGCUUAUGUUACAAAAUGUGCUUGUGAGUCAUUGUUGCCACACUGCAGGAUUGAAUCCAAAAGCAUUUAGGACCUACAAGAGCUCAAUAAAGCUUCUAAGUAAUCCUGCCAGAGGAAUAAUUGAUGGGGAGUUGGUCUGGGCAUUCUUAGGUCUGCCCACACCUGAGAAACAUGAAGUUGCCAAGAAAAUAGGAACCAAAGUGGAUGACAUUGUUGAAGAUUUAUAUGAUACUGAAAGACUGACAGCCCAUUUUUAAUUAUUUGUGAAAUGAUGCUAUUUCUAGUAGCAUAUUUGUAUUUAAUGUACCAUUGAAAUAUCGAC